GGUGGUGAUAGAUAGGUUAACGCAAGGAAAGCAUCAUCACCACCACCGCGAGGGUUUCCGAUGGCUGAAAAGGUUAGCGCAAGGGGAUCAUCAUCAUCAUCACCGAAAGUGAUUCCGAUGGCUAGGAAGGUUAAAGAGUACUACCGUUAUCCGGCCAUGGAAGCUUUUCACAAAGGAUGUGUCCGCCGUUAUUUUGCUGACGUGUUGUAUGAGAUGGUGGAUGAUCCUUCAACGGAUUCGAUCGUGUCGUGGAGCCAAGACGGAUCGAGUUUUAUCUUCUGGAAUCAGGACAAGUUUUGCAGCGAUGUUCUUCCCAAGUUUGGGCUUAGCACGUCUCCAACGUUCUUUGUCCGCCUUACAAACAUCUAUCUCUUCCGGAAAGUUGAGGAGUCUGAGCACUGCGAAUACGCACACGAUUACUUUGUGAGAGGCAAACCUGAGCUUACGGUGGAGAUUGAGAGGCAGUUCAAGGAAAGGGGUGCUCCAAUUAAGCUUGCCAUCAAGCCACAUGAACCGGCUUACAAGGAGAGUAGGGAGAGAAUUAGGGCUUUCAUGCUCGCCAAGAAAGCCGCCAGGAGUCUAUCUCUUAAGGAAAUGGGGACCAACCAGUAACCACCACCACUCUAUGUCUAAUAAAAUAACUACCAUGCUUGCUUUGACUAUAAUCUGAAUAUCUUUAUGGUUUCUAUCUUAAGUUUGUCUAUUGUUAAAAACAUCUACUGUCAAAAUGAAUUGGAAAUGGACUUCAAAUUUUAGUUUGUCAA